CAAAGAAGAAAAAAGCCAAUCGUCUUCUUCUUCUUCUUCUUCUUCUUUUUCUCUCUCUCUCUCUCUCUGUCAUUAAAGCUUCAAACUUUGAAGACGGAAAUUAAUCCUCUUGAAAGAGAGAAAUUCCAGUGGGGAAUGCGGAAGGAUGAUUGGCGGGUUUAUCACACGUGAGUUGGGCGGGCGGGUGAAGACCCGGAUAGGCGGCCGGAAUUGCCACCGGAAACACGUCGAAGACGGGUGAACCCCCAUUUCUCUCCGGCCAACCCUUCUAAACCUUUUUCCUGCAAAUAUCCCUUUCCGAUAAAAGUUGCCGCCCCCCCCAAACAAAAAAAAAAGAGCAAAAAGAAAAGAAAAAUGGCCGAUGAUAGAGGCGGCGGCGGCGAGAGCAACGCCAACUGCUCCUCUUCUGUUCUUCAUGGGAAGUACGAGCUGGGCCGCCUCCUGGGCCAUGGGACCUUCGCGAAGGUCUACCUCGCCAGGAACCUGCAGUCUGGGAGGGGCGUGGCGAUGAAGGUGGUGGGCAAGGAUAAGGUGAUUAAGGUGGGGAUGAUGGAGCAGAUAAAGAGGGAGAUCUCCGUCAUGAAGAUGGUGGAGCACCCGAACAUCGUGGAGCUCCACGAGGUGAUGGCCAGCAAGUCCAAGAUCUACUUCGCGAUGGAGCUCGUCCGCGGCGGUGAGCUCUUCUCGAAGAUCUCCAAGGGCCGGCUGCGGGAGGACGUGGCCCGGGUCUACUUCCAGCAGCUUAUCUCUGCCAUCGACUUUUGCCACAGUCGUGGGGUCUACCACCGAGACCUGAAGCCCGAGAACCUGCUUCUUGACGAGGAUGGCAACCUGAAGGUUACCGACUUCGGGCUCAGCGCCUUCUCCGAGCACCUCAAGCAGGACGGGCUGCUGCACACCACCUGUGGUACCCCUGCCUACGUCGCCCCCGAGGUGAUUGGAAAGAAGGGCUAUGAUGGGGCAAAGGCCGAUCUUUGGUCGUGCGGCGUGAUCCUCUACGUCCUCCUCGCCGGGUUCUUGCCAUUCCAGGACGACAACAUCAUGGUAAUGUACCGAAAGAUCUACCGGGGCGACUUCAAGUGCCCGCCUUGGUUCUCGUCCGAGGCCCGCCGGUUUAUCACCAAGCUGCUGGACCCGAACCCGAACACCCGAAUCACCAUCUCGAAAAUCAUGGAGUCCUCCUGGUUCAAGAAGUCCAUCCCUAAGGCCGUGAUCACCAAGGAGGAGAUGGAGUUCGAUAAGUUCGACGCCUUUGAGGAAGGGUUCAACAAGACAAACCAGCCCGAGACACUGAAUGCAUUCCACAUAAUAUCCUUGUCGGAGGGGUUCGACCUGUCACCGCUCUUCGAGGAGAAGAAGAGGGAGGAAAAGGGGGAGCUGAGGUUCGCGACCACGAGGCCGGCGAGCAGCGUCAUCUCGAAGCUGGAGGAGGUCGCCCGGGCAGGGAAGUUCAGCUUCAAGAAGAACGAGUCGAAGGUGAAGCUCCAGGGCCAGGAGCGCGGGAGGAAGGGGAAGCUGGCGAUAGCCGCGGAGAUAUUCGCUGUGACGCCGAGCUUAGUGGUCGUGGAGGUGAAGAAGGACAACGGGGACACGCUGGAGUACAAUCAGUUCUGCAGCAAGGAGCUGAGGCCGGCGCUCAAGGACAUUGUUUGGACCUCCCCGGCUGCUGAGAACUCACUGUCCAGUUGAAAGAUUCUUAAAAAAGCCAGAAAGGAGAAAUUAAAGGUGUAAACUUUUAGGGGGCCUUAUCAUCGGAUUGAUGUUGGUUGGUUGGUUGGUUGGUUGUGAUUGAUUGUUCAUCAUUUUGUGUCAUCUGUUGGUAAUGGAAAUCAAAGCAGGAGAGAGAGGGGUCUCGGCUCUGGUGGGUCUCUCAAUUAUUUUGGUCCAUCUCUGCACAUAUGUUGUCUGUGCUUCUAAUUCUUCUGUUGCUUUGUUUUAGCAUCUAAUGAGGAUGAUGUAGGAUUUGUGUAGUUCAAUCAUGCAAUAUCAUCAGCUACGCUGGUGUCAAAUCUGGUACCCAUGUGAAAACCUGCAAGUGGAUCGGCAAUUGUUUUUGUAUUGCGGUUU